AACAACAACCUGCCUCUUCAAGACUUCUUAGAGCCUGAAAUUUAAUCAAAGAGUGUUGGUGCGUUUUGGUUCCAGAAUGAUGACUACUCCAGAAGAUGUCAGGAAGAAGCAAACUUACACCAGUGUACAUGAGGCAGUGAAAGCUGGUGAUGUAGAACAGCUUGCAUUAAUGAUAAAACGUGGAGCCUCUAUCGACGAGGUGGAUUUAGUCCACAAGUUCACACCAUUGCACUGUGCUGCACACUCUGGAAGCCUGGAGUGCCUUCACUGGUUGCUCUGGCAUGGAGCUGAUGUGACACGUGUGACAGUCAGAGGCUGGACAGCAGCUCACCUUGCGGCAAUCCGUGGGCAGGAUGCUUGCGUGCAGGCUUUGUUAAUAAAUGGAGCAAACCUAGAAGCUCGAGAUGACCGCGGGUGCACUCCAUCACACCUGGCUGCAGCCCAUGGGCAGUCGUACACAUUGCAAACCAUACUGCGAAGUGGAGCGAAUGUAAACGCAGCAGACAGGAAUGACUGGAAGCCUGUUCAUUAUGCUGCUUUUCAUGGUCGCUUGGGCUGUUUGCAGCUUCUUGUUAGAUGGGGAGCAUGCAUAGGUGAUGUGGAUACUGAUGGAAACCUUCCAGCUCAUUUGGCAGCAGUGGAAGGACACCUGCAUUGCUUUAAGUUCCUGGUCAGUAAAAUGGCCAGUGUUAUGCACACUUUAAAAGCAAGGAAUGACCAUGGAGAGACUCCAAGGGACUUGGCUGAGAGGUUCUAUAAAGACAAUAUUCUGCAAUAUAUUGACAGUGUGGAAAAAGAGGGGGAGCAUCCAGAGACACAGGAAGUUUUAGAUUUCCCAGCUCAUGACGCUGCUUUCAGAGGGGACUUGUUAGAACUCAGAAGAUUAGUGAGUUGUGGAGCAAUCAAUAUUAAUGAGCGGGAUGAUAAGGGAUCCACUCUCAUGCACAAAGCUGCAGGACAAGGGCAUAUCCAUUGCUUGCAGUGGUUGAUUGAAAUGGGGGCUGACUGUGACAUUACAGAUGAUGCUGGAGAGACUCCAAAGGACGUAGCCAAGAGGUAG